CGAUGAUUUGUCAUCACUAGUCAAUCGCGGCUCGGCGUGUUAAGAUGUUUGUUUGAUGGUUGAUUCGGUGCCACUUUUGCUGCUGCUAGAGUUCGAGUGUUUAUUUUUUUAAGCCUUAUCGGGAGGGAGCAGUCGCGUGUGUGAAUUUAUAAAAAAAAAAAUUACUAUAUAAGAGAAGCAAGUGAAAAAAAGCGCGGGAGUAUACUACAAUCUUCAAAGCGUGGCACGAGAUUCGACUUCAAUGGUCAUUCCGAGUAAGGAAUCUCCUAGUGGAUUGCGUGUUUUAUUUUCAAAACAAACGUGAAUCAAAUCGGGAUAAAAAAGGGUGGGUUAUUGAACCCACUCCAGGCAAAGCUGAGGGAAACGAAACGAAAACUAAAUUAGUUCUAAUCAACGAAAACGAAACAAACAAACAAAAAACAACCAAAAAUGCUCAAAGGAUUUGCCAAAUUCAACGGCUAUACGGUGGCCGUUGCCUGUAUUAACUAUACCCUGACGAUAAUCAUCGAUGGAAAUGUUCAGGGAGGAAUUGUCAAGAGUAUAACGUGGCUCGAUAAAUUCGUAAAUACCAAAAAGGAGAUAGAUACCGUACCAUACACCGGACUGUUUGUGGCCAGUGUGUUGCUUUUUAUGGGAAUAUUUUUGGAGUGCAAAGUACUGAUGCUCCCUUUCCCAGGGGCCUACGGUUGGCUGUGGUACGUGUUCACCGAUGGAACAUUCAUGUUUUCCAGCUUGUGGCUGCUUCUGUUCACCGCCUAUGCUGGAGUCAGUUUCAUAAUGCUCAUGAUGAUCGACUGUCUGCCGUGUUGUCCUUCGAGGUGGACCAAGAAGAAGGAACUUAAGAAGCUGAAAGAAGGCCAACUUCCGCAACAUACGCAUCAGGUGGACAGUGGCUCAGGUCGAGGUCGCUGCUGGCAGUUCUGGUGCUGUCUGCCUCGAUGUUUUGGCCAAAAGCAGCAGCUCGUGAAAGAUACCCAGUCUCAUUGCUCCUGCGAUACGCUCAACAUCAGGAUGGCCGGCCCAACGGAUAGGCACUAUCAUCGAGUGGUUUUCCUGUAGGCGUGAAUCCGAGGAGCGUUGAGUCAAUCAUUUCGAAGCGGGGGUGGGAGAUUCCCCGCCCUCGCUUCUUUCGAUCGAGCGCAAUGACGUCUUAGGAACGGAUAUCUCUAGCUGAUUUACCAAAGAGCAUGAUGCACGUGGCGACCGUCACACGAUUGUGCUGAACCACAAGCACAUUUCGAUGAUGAUUUCAGAGUCGCACGUAAAAAUUACAUUCGAAUCGGGACUUAUUAUUCUUUUACUUAUUCGAUGAAUAAUGCAGAUAUGUAUAUGAUCCCACCUCCGCAGCUUGGAAGGUUGAAGCCUGAUCGCGGUGCCUUUUUUUUCUUUCGAGCGGAGUCCUGAAAUCCUCCAUUCCAUCCCACUCCGGGCUGCCUUAGUUUUAAGUAGGGUUGAAGUAAUCAACAAAUCGCGAUGCCAAUCUAAGUAGGAAAAAAAUAAACAAAAAAGCACCGUACUUAUCUCAUACUCAGCGCUCGUGCCUCUCCUUGAGAUGCAAAUCAAGAGUCGUCAUCUGUUUUAAUGAUGGCAACUUCUGCACCCAGGAGUGAAACAUUUUUACUCAAAUUCAUACACACAGGUGAGGUAAGAAAUCAGAUUUCAACAAAGGUGCUUCCAAAGUAAACUCACAAGCAAUCUUCACCUGUGAAUCACCCCUCAACUUCGCCAUCGAUAGGAUAAGGAUUAUGUAUUAUUUAAUAUGUUGUCUAUUUAUAUCGACCAGCCAGAACCAGAGAAAAACCAUAGAGAUUUAUUUAAUAUGAAAAUAAACAUAGUUUAUUAGAACGAUAU